CAAGGGGGCAGCCUCUGGAGACUUACAAGGGAGCAGCUGGACCAGUCGCAGCUGUGCUCGAGCGCACAGAGCGAAAUGGAUGCACAAAGCCAAGGAGGUCACGAAGCUGGGAAGGAGACAGGAAAAGGCCCUCGCAGUGGGGAAUUCCAGGAUGGAAAAGUACAGAAGGCCCUGGGCAGGGAUGCUGGCAGCACAGACGGUCAAGGCCAGUACUUCAGGCAUUUCCGCUACCAGGAGGCCGAGGGACCGCGGGAGGUCUGCAGCCGACUUCACGACCUUUGCCGUCAGUGGCUGAAGCCGGAAAGGCACACAAAAGCUCAGAUGCUGGACCUGGUGAUCCUGGAGCAGUUCCUGGCUGUCCUCCCCCCGGAGAUGGAGAGCUGGGUCAGGGAGUGCGGAGCGGAGACCAGCUCCCAGGCGGUGGCUCUGGCGGAAGGUUUCCUCCUGAGCCAGGCUGAGGGGAAGAAGCAGGAAGAGGAGCAGGUGGUAAGUGGGAAAGCAAGAAAGACGACGGACCAUGUGGGAAAAACAAGCUUCAAGACAUGGAAGAGCACUUCAGAAAGUCAGAGGGACUAAAAGACCAGGAAAGAAGCCUAAUGGAGACAUGGGUGAGUGAAUCCAAUACUUCCCAGGGUGAG